UAUGCUUAAACUUCACCCAAAAUUGAAACCCUAGCGAACCAGAAAUCUCUCAAGAUCAACGAGUAUCAAUUGGAAAAAUCACUUUAGAGGAAAAUUUUAGGGUUCCGGUCGAAAUUUCUAUGGAUUAACAGGAGAAGAGCUUAGCACUGGUUUUGGAGAGAAAUUUCCAUGGAAUAACAGGAGAAGAGCUUAGCCAAAGAAUUCAUUACACUGAUUUCCUUCAUUUAAGCUCUGCAUAAGUGGUUUCAAUUCAAGAUCAGCGCUGUUAGGAUUUCAUCACCAAGAGUUGUUGAUUCAGACAAACAUAGUUCCAAGUGCAAAGGAAACGUCGUCGGCCUGUGUCUGAGCUUCAUAUUUGCAUUCAUGUGUCUCCAGGCAAGCUUUUAGACAUUUUCCCCAGAAGUUGAGCAUUCUUGAUUAUACGAUAAAUGAUUGAUCCCAAAUGCAAUGGUCAUGACAAUGCUGGAAGUGGCUCUCCUGUUGGUGAGAAACAACAACCCAUAGCAGCAAAGAAGAUUGCAUUAAGGGAUCUGCAGAAUGAUAACAGGAUUGUGGUGCCCAAGUCUUUGACAGCCCCUCCUUUAAUAAAGGAUCCAGCACCAACUUCAGAUGUUACCAAGGUUACUGGUACAAAGAGACCGACACCUGAGCGUCCCACAAGUCCCGUCCGCCACCUGUCUCCAAAUAGUGCAAAUGGGACUUUUGUGUACAUCCGAAGAAAAUCUGACCAAGAAGUAGCGAAGGGCGGCAACUGCGAAACCGAACCAAACAAAGCUAUCAACAAUUCACAGUUGAGUCAAAAUAUUCACGGCGAGAAGGAGACAACGAAGCAACAAAUUCAGGUUCAAGGGCAAAAGAAUUCUAGCUUUCCAGCAGCUCCUUCUAUGCCUGUUACAGUCCCUUCUGGAGGGCCUUCUGUUCCCCACUCUCUCGGGAUGCCUGUUAAUACGUCAUCAACAAUGGGACCCGCUUCAACUACUGUAGUUCUCCCAACUAAUCCCCAGAGAACAAGUGAUCAAAAUUGGAAAGAGCGCUUCCCUCACCUGCAGAUGUUCUUGCGAAACUGUGACCAUUCAAGUCAGGAAGAAUACAUCCAGAUGCUUAAAUCCUUAUCUUCGGUCGGUAGAAGCAGACAUGCUGUUGAAUUGGAAAAAAGAGCAAUCCAACUCUUAUGUGAAGAAGGAAAGGAAUUGCAUCGAAUGAAAUUGCUGAAUGUUCUGGAGAAAACGUCAUCAAAAAACUCCUCUGCAACCCCACAAGUCAAUUUCAGGAAGUAAGGAAACAACUUCGCGAAACAAGCUUUAAAUUUGGCUCGCUCAGUAGUCUGAGCAUUUUUUUAAUCGUGUAUCCAGCAUAACAUGUUGUCAUUGUUGCUGCUGUUGUUGUUGUUGUCAAUUAUUAAUGCCAUUUGGUUAUCUCGACUAUGUAUUAAACCUCAACUGUUAGUUUAUCUAGUUCCAUAAUGAUCCUACUUGUAAUCUGUAACUACUGUUGGAAGCUAUAUAGUUGCCUCCAAAUUAUAUAAGAUUACUUUUAGAAGGA